UAGUUAAAGUGCUCAGGAUAAUCUUUAGAGAGAUAAAUGUUUGUAGUGUAUUCAGUGUCUUCAGCUUGAUCAACAUUCCAAGGAUUACAUGAUUUUAUAGUAGAAAAUGAGACAUAAAAGAUUUGGGCGACGUGGUCGCCAUGUUCGAUUUGAUAUGCAAAUCAGUAAUCCGGAUCCGCGGAAUCCUUUUGUUGAUUGUGUGAAUAUCUUGAAAAGACGUCGUUGAUGUAGUUUGUCGUACGGAGUCGCCAUGUAGCUUUUGCCAUGAUGUCCAGAGACACCAUGUAUAGAUUGUUUACACAAGCUUCUACUACUAUGUCCAGGGUUACUGUGGACAUUUCUUUAUAUAAGCUCGCCAUGGCAUCCAAGGCUAUAGUGCACUCUGGUCUUCUACUUGCGUCCAUGGUUGCUAUGGACGUGCUCUUUGGAUAAGCUUACCAUGAUAUCCAUGGUUACUUCGUACUCCCUAUUCUUCUACUAACUCUUGUCCACAGUCGUCAUGUACAGUCUUUUAUCUCCUAACCCGCCCAUGGUCACCACGUACGAGCUCUUCUUAUACCUUAUCAUCAUUCGUACAUAGUUACCGUGCACAUCAACCUCUAACUCACUUUCAUCCAUGUUAAUCCGAUCAAUAUUUAUCCAUGGUUGGGAUAAUUAUACCAUCACAAGCCCCCCACUUCCUAAGCCGAAUAGUAUAUCGGCUAUAGGGAGUACAGAGACAUGGUUGCUGUGUCAAUAUUGAAUGUACAUGGUCACCAUAGCCGAAUAGUAUAUUGGCGAUAAGGAUUGUAGAUACAUGGUUGCCAUGUCAAUCUGAAGUGUACAUGGUUACCAUGCCAAUAUUUUUGUCUUUUUACUUGUUCAAUCAUUUAACAUUUUAUCUUUUAAUCAAAAUUUAUAUUCCCAACUUUACUUUCUUCCUGGCAGCUUGGUUGGGUGAGGGUCAGCCACCGGCCACCGCCAUUCUUGUACCGCCCAGGUCGCAGCUCGCUGGCAACCAGGCCAGCGCCGUCCGCCGCUCGCCGGCGUCCAUCCGCGCCACCAGCAAGCCCACUCAGAGUUCCAGUCUGCUACCGUCCUUUUCUGCCUCCGACGGCUGCCGCGAGUAAACCGAACACCUCAACUUCACCAGCGUGGACCCGGUAGCGCCGGACGCCAGAUCUUGCAGCUGAACCAGCAGUGUCGUCGGUUAUCCCCGCCCCAGGUUGCGGUCCGUUUUUCUGCUGCGCCCUAUCCCGGUCGCCGCCAUCAGUCCUCCGUCGUCAGACACCAGCGAACUCCAGUGACAUCAAGGAAUUUUACGCCGUCGUCGUCUACUUCCUGCGGCGUCGUUGUUCUGCACUGGGUUCCUCUGUCGUUGUCCUGAAUUUUCCGCCGUUGCUGCUAAGGUACGCACAGAGGUACGCUCCCUGCAUUCUCCCUCUUUCCUUUUAUUUGUUAUUUUGACUUUUCCCUUUUGAAGCUUCUCCGUAUUAAUUUUGGCUUUGAAACAUACUUCGUAGUUCGUACUUCGUAGCUCCUUUGUUGCCAAUUGUAGUGACAUCCUUUUCAUUUUUAUUUGAAUAGCUGCCACCAUUUAUGGAUAUAUUAGAUUCCAUAAACUCUGAUGAAUUGUUGAGUGAUGACAAUGAAUUAGUGCUGGAGAAUUUUCCUCAUCCCUGGGCAGAUGUUAAUUCUGAUGUUGAAGAAAUUAGUCCCAUAAAGCCACGAGCCGCUUUAGUCAAACCACCAAAACGUCGCUACCGUGGUCCGUAUCCACCCUUAGACCCGAGCCCCAUCUUACACUACAGGUCGCGCCUCUCAGUUUCCAAGUUUGAAAAGUAUAAGAAAUUUUUUCCGUCCACAGUGACUGUCCGAUGUCCCGAUUCGGAGGAUAUUGUAACCGAUCCUCCUAAGGGUCACUUUUUCGGGGUGCAUAUUCUUUCCAUAAAAUUAGGAUUCCGCUUUCCCACACACCCUCUGAUUAUCGAGUUUUUAAAUGAUCUUGAAAUUUCACCUUGUCACUUGACUCCGCUCGGUCAUCAGUAUCUGGUAGCUUUCCUGGUCCGGUGUGAGACACUUGGGAUUGAACCGUCCCUAGACCUCUUCAAGCACAUGUUCCGAGCUGGGCAGUGCUCGGCAUCUGAUAGUCUGUCCUGGGUGUCUAUCUCUCAGCGCAACCACUUUGACAUGUGGAAGGUCACUCGUAGCAACGAAGCCAAUUGGAAAGAAGAAUUUGUCUAUGUGUCGUCUGGAUCUCCGUUACCUUUUUCAUCGUCUUUGAAUUGUCGAUUUAAGAAGUAUUCGUACCCGAAACUUCCAGUUGACCAGGAGACAUGGCCGGCUAUGAUUCUUUCUGGAGGACCGUAUAGCCUCUCUGCCUUUACUUCCGAGGACCGCCUAACCACGGUUAGACUCUAUUCGCCGUCACCAUGUUCGGGUGCACACGCAUCCACGUCCACGGAUCAAGAUAUGACAUCGCGGUUGGAGAUGUUCCAAAGCUUCGACCAGGAUGGGCCUCGCGGUAGUGACCAGGGGCGCUCUGACAAGAAACCAAGGAUUCCCUCCGUCACAAAAGGCAAGGAUGCCAUUGUAACUGUGCCUUCAUCCAUUGCAAAACGCAGGGCCGCUAGCCCCGCAGCCCGCGUCACCCGUAGCAUGAGUGAUAUUUCCACGGCGGGGAUGACUACUUGGUUACAAGGUAACCUUGAGUUACCUCCGCUCUUAUCACAGGUGAUCACGGCGACUGAGAAGGAGAAAAUUUCAACACUUGACCAUGCUGCUUUAGAGAAGAGGAGUCACCAUGGCCUGGCCGAGCUACUGUUGUCCAUCUCCGAGGUGAACCGAAGGAAAGAUGAGCGCGAGAAAGAUUUGUCGCUACAACUCACCGAAUUAGCGAAGGAGGUGGCAUCGCUCAAGCUCGUGCGUGACUCACAUGCAGCCGAGGUCACUGCGCUUAAAGAAAUGCACGCCGUGGAGUUGGCCAAUGCAAGGGGGCGGGCCGUGGAUGCAUACAAGAAUUCUCCAGAGUUCGUGUCUGAUCAGGAAGCAUACAUUAAUGCCCACUUGAACGAUAUUAGCAAGGAUUGGUUGUCUACUCCGGAAGGUCGUGAGAAACUGGCCUUAGAGAGCUACAUCUCCUACCAGAUCGGGAUAUAUGCCACUCAACAGAAAAUAUAUCCUAUCUUGAGGGAUAAGGCUGGUACCUCUUGCAUCACUGAUUGGGGACUUCCUCCUGAGGUUCCCAACCCUGAGAUCCCGGUAGCCAACACGCCCCUGGACUAUAUUCCUUUUGACAGACUCCCCACUGAUGAGGAGCUUGGCGAUCUUCCUUCCGAGACAGAUCACCCAGCUUCGACUGCUUCUGUGCCUUAGAGCAUGCAUGGGAGUGACGGAUGGACGUAGUGUAGACUUUAAUUCUGUCAUGUCUUCAAUUACGAGUACCCGAAUUGCUAAACAUGUUUUGAAUUUCAUAAAAUAAUAAUGAUGCAUGUCUUAUUUUCCUUU